AUGGCCUCAGAACCCAAGAAAUGGAUCCUCAACGCCUUUUCCAUGAGCAGCCCGACUCAUGUCGCUCCAGGGCUAUGGAGGCACCCGAAAAACCAAACUCACCGGUACAAGGAAAUCGCGUACUGGAUCGAGUUGGCGAAAAUCCUCGACGGCAAUUUCCAUGGGCUUUUCCUCGCAGAUAUGCUGGGCAUUUACGAUGUCUAUAAUGGUCCGGGAAACAUCCGAGAGGUGCUUCCAGGUGCUGCCCAAUUUCCAAUCUCUGACCCAUCCGCCCCCAUUGCUGCUAUGGCGGCUGUCACCAAGUCGCUCUCGUUUGGCAUCACAGCAUCUACUACCUAUGAAUCGCCGUUCUUGCUUGCCCGGCGAUACUCAACCCUGGACCACCUGACCAACGGCCGUGUAGCGUGGAAUGUUGUUACAAGCUAUCUCGAGAGUGCAGCAAAAAACCUGGGUAUGGAACAGCAAAUCAGCCAUGAUGAGCGAUACCAGAUCGCAGACGAGUUUCUCGAGGUUGUCUACAAGCUCCUUGAAGGGUCUUGGCGGGACGACGCCGUUAUUCUCGACCGCGACUUGAAGACAUAUACGCACCCUGACCGGGUUCGGCGUAUCAACCACGAAGGGAAACACUUCAAGGUUGCUGGUCCGCAUCUUGUCGAGCCCUCCAGGCAGCGGACUCCCUUCAUUUUCCAGGCAGGGGCGAGCAAAGCGGGUAUGGCAUUUGCGACCAAACACGCAGAAACUAUGUUUCUUCCUGGAAUGCAUAUAGAUUCUGUCCGAAAGAAUGUCCAAGAUGUUCGACGGAGCGCAUUGGAACAGGGCCGGGAUUUGAACGGGCUGAAGCUGAUCGUAGGCAUUCUUAUCAUUGUCGACGAAACCGAUGAGCGUGCCCAACAGAAGUAUGAUGAAUAUUUGUCUUAUGCCGACCUGGAUGGAUCGCUCGCACUAUUUGGAGGCUGGACAGGCGCAGAUCUGGGAAAGUACGCAGAUGAUGAUAACUUCGAGUUCAGUGGACCCGGGGCCAUUCAAAGUAUCGUCUCUAGUUGGAGGGCUACGAUCCCCGGCAGCGAUGGCAUUAAAUGGACAAAGCACCGAGUUGCGCAGGAGCUUGCACUUGGUGGACCACACCCCCGUGCUAUCGGCUCUGCUAAAACAGUUGCUGAUAUACUCGAGAGGUGGAUUUCCGAGACUGAUGUUGACGGCUUUAAUAUAUCAUAUGCAGUCGGGCCGGGAGAUCUAGAGGACGUAGUCAAGUAUCUGAUCCCCGAGCUCAAAUCGCGAGGCGUCUUCUGGGAUCCAGUCGCGGCCGAAGGACGAACAACACGAGAGAAUUAUCUUGGACCUCAUUUCUCGGAUGGCAGGCUGAGCAGCGAUCACCCGGGGGCCAAGUACAAGUGGACGGCCACUGAUACUUCGGACAGCAAGUAG